AUGAAGGAAUAUGAAAAUUUCGACAUUAUUAAAAAGAAAUUCAGUCCUUUACUUUUUAUAUUCCGAAGAGAUGAAGAAAAUGAAAUAAAGAAAUAUUCGAAAAAAUGUACCUUGGUAAACCUUGUAAAAAAAAAUAAUCCUUCGCCCCCGAAAGAAACAACAGAGAUAACUAGAAGUAGACCAAAUGUUUUUUUGGCCAAUACAUUUCAUAAUAAUAUAGAAAGACCUUUUAACACAUUCAACAGAUUUCAUCAUAAUGACAUAAAAGAAAGGGGGAAAUAUUUUACUACCAAGGAUAUGAUAAAAAAUAGAGAAUUAGCUUAUGGUAAAAAUUAUGCUUUAAACAAUAAUGUUUUAUAUUCUAAAUACUUUCCAACAAUUAUAAAUAAUAAUUUAAUAAAAUAUUCAAAAGAAGAUAAGGAUCACUUAAGAAAAUUAGAAAGAGAAUAUGUAAUUGUAAGUAAGGUAUACACAUAUAUAAGGGAAGAUAGAAGUAUAUAUAUUUAUAUCUUUUAG